UUUAAGACAACCAAUCACCAUUGCAUAAUCUUGUCAGCAGCUCGUUAGCGCGCCUAAACAAGGUUGGCGAGUUGGGUGCUGUGUUAUCGUACGAUGUGGAUGGUUUUUUGCACUUAUUUCCAAUUGUUUGCGCGAAGAGGACGCAUCGUUUCGAAACUUCCGACUGGUGGUGUGUUCAUUCCUCCUGCGCUGCUGAUCCUGUACUCUUGAGUUCCUGUUCCUCUGUGCGCUGCAAAAAGUCGAUACCGCCCCUCACCCCGCCAGCAACCAUGUCUGAUAAGGUCCGUGUGUGCAUCGUCGGUUCCGGAAACUGGGGAUCGGCCAUCGCCAAGAUCGUGGGCGCCAAUGCCAAGCGGCUGGCCACGUUCGAGGACCGCGUCACGAUGUACGUGUACGAGGAGAUGAUCGAUGGCAAGAAGCUAACGGAAAUCAUCAACACGACGCACGAGAACGUCAAGUAUCUGCCUGGACACAAGCUGCCCGAGAACGUCGUCGCCGUUCCGGAUGUGGUGGAAGCUGCCAAGGAUGCUGACAUUCUGAUCUUUGUCGUGCCGCACCAGUUUAUCCGUGGACUGGGCACGCAGCUGCUCGGCAAAAUCAAGCCGACGGCCGUCGGUCUGUCCCUGAUCAAGGGCUUCGAUGUUGCCGAGGGUGGUGGCAUGGAGCUGAUCUCGCACCUGAUCACCAAGCAUCUGAAGAUCCCGUGCUCGGUGCUGAUGGGCGCCAAUCUGGCCGGUGAGGUCGCGGAGGAGAAGUUCUGCGAGACGACCAUCGGCUGCCGGGACAUGAAGAUUGCGCAAACCCUGCGCGAUCUCUUCCUGACGCCAAACUUCCGCGUGGUCGUGGUGGACGAUGUCGAUGCGGUCGAGAUCUGCGGUGCGCUCAAGAACAUUGUGGCUUGCGGUGCCGGAUUCGUCGACGGCAUGGGACUGGGCGACAACACGAAGGCGGCCGUCAUUCGGUUAGGUCUGAUGGAGAUGAUCAAGUUCGUGGAUGUGUUCUACCCGGGCAGCAAGCUGUCGACGUUCUUCGAGAGCUGCGGCGUUGCUGAUCUCAUCACUACGUGUUACGGUGGCCGUAACCGUAAGGUGUCGGAAGCGUUCGUGAAGACGGGCAAAACGAUCGUAGAGCUGGAGAACGAGAUGCUCAAUGGACAGAAGCUGCAGGGCCCGAUCACUGCCGAGGAGGUGAACUUUAUGCUGAAGAGCAAAGGCAUGGAGGAUAAAUUCCCACUAUUUACCGCCAUCCACAAGAUCUGCACCGGUACGGUGAAGCCGCAAGGAUUCCUGGACUGUCUGCGCAACCACCCGGAGCACAUGACACCAUGGGCAAAGCUCUAGAGAAAUGUCGCACUUGUUGUUACCCAAGCCAAACCAUUUCUCUGUAACAAUAAUAACAAUCACACACACACCACCACCCAAUAGCAAUCGAUCGCAAUUUUCGCGUGUUGUAGCUAAUCACAAUUCCUUCCCCCCUUUGACUCUUGUGUCAGUCAGACAAGAUCAGUCAGGGAUCACAAUCAGAUCUCACAACAUAGCUAAAGGAUAACGCUACUACUAUUACUACUACUACCGCUACUACUACUUAUCCUUACCUUCCAAAACACGGCUCAGAAGGUUGUGAAAUUUGCAUUUAUUUUGAGUUGGCAAAAGCAAACGAUUUUGCUGAUAAUACCAAAUAUCAAGCCAAGCUAACACAUACAUUCCCUGGUUUUAGAAACAUUUUAUGAUAUUAUUUUCUAUUUUUAUUUUCUACCUAACAGUAAGCGUUAAAGUGUUUCUUUUAGACUGGUUUUGUUUUGUUUCUGUAAUGAGAUUUAAAUUACUCAAAAAUUUUAAAGCGUUUUUUUUCAAUAUUGCUUCCACAAGGGGGCAGUGGGUUUGAAAUUGGCGACUAGUGGGGCUUUUGCUUUCCAUCAUUUUCCAAUACGUUUAGAUAGGUCAAGAGAGAAAGAGAGAGGUGUGCGAGUUGUUAAACCAAUCCAAAACGUCCAUCCAUCGUCACCGAAAUUGGUUUUAGUGUUACAAAACAAAAACAAAAACGGGAAAAACAAAAAAAAAACAAUCCUGCAUGAUAUGUGAUACGAAAGCUGAUUUAAAAGUGAAUAAACAUCAACAGUUAUUGGGA